AUGGCCAGUGGUCCUGGGAAAACGACCAAACGGCGGCUGCUCCAGGCAGUGGACCGCAUGUGGCAGGGCCAAAAGCUCUGGAGAGCAGAGGCAAGCGCUUGGUUCCCACCGGCUGCAGACCUGGCAACCCGGCGGGAAUCUCAGAGUCAAGGAAAUCUCUCCAACACCUCUUUGUCAACUGCAGAAGUGUACAAGGUAAACUUUGUAUUUCCAAAUGGAGACAAGUAUGAUGGUGACUGUACAAGAACAUCUUCUGGAAUCUUUGAGAGAAAUGGAAUAGGUAUUCAUACCACUCCUAAUGGGAUUAUCUACACAGGAAGCUGGAAAGAUGACAAGAUGAAUGGUUUUGGAAGACUUGAACAUUUUUCAGGAACAGUGUAUGAAGGACACUUUAAGGACAAUAUGUUUCAUGGACUGGGGACAUACACCUUCCCAAAUGGAGCAAAGUACAUGAGAAAUUUCAAUGAAAAUAGGGUGGAAGGUGAAGGACAAUAUACAGAUAUCCAAGGACUAGAAUGGUGUGGUAACUUUCAUUUCACAGCUGCUCCAGGCCUGAGACUAAAGUUCCAUAUGUAGCUAUUCUAAAUUAAAACUUAAAUGUUGUAAGCUCUCAGUUGUAAGGAAAACAAAUGUGUCAUCUAAAGUAACUUCAAACACUACCUCUGCAUUAUAAUUUUGCCAAUAAAACCACCACUCAUCCCUUUUGG